AUGAAUCAACCAGCUCACGCCGAGCAGCCUGGCGCUGCUCAAAUCAACCAUACCAACCUGAUAUUGACGGCGCUUACCGCUGGAUCGGGCCUUGCUCUGCUGACGAUUGGACUAUGGAAUGCCAUCCUCGUCUUGGCGGUGGCUUUGCUGCUCAUCUGCAAUCCUUGGGUGCGCACAUUGCUCGAGCUGCCUAGCACUGACGGUAAGCGUAGUCUCAGCACCUUUGACCCUGCCCGAUAUCUUCUAUCCUAUACCUUCAACGGAUCACCUGCGGAUCAGAAGGAUGCAUCCCAGGACGAGUUUGCGGCUAGCACCGAUGACGAUCCACUCCUACGGACAGACCAGCUUCUUGCGCUGACAGUGAUGCCCGAUCCACUUCGCGAGAGCAGCCAAAUCAUGAUACGCUUCGUUGUCCGCGACUUUGUUCAAGGAUGGUAUGACAAUCUUACCUUUGCUCAUCCCAACUUCCCCAUCUCUGCCGAGGCCAACGUCUCUCACACUGCUGCUAGCAUCUACCUUCGUUCACGCCAGCUCAAAGCCACCAACACUGCUGCAGAGAUCCUGCUCACGGUACAAAGUGUUCUGCUCUCUUCGCUUCGUCGACGUCGUGCUUCCACCCAAUACGCUUCAGGCGCUGCCUCCUCGGCGCGCUCCACCUGGCCAAGUACGGCCGCUCGCGUCGACGCUCUUCGUAAAGCGGUUCGCAAGCUCCUCUCACGCAACCUUGCGCACGCAGAACGCUCCAGUCCCAUCGUCAUGCUCCUUCUCACCGAGAUCUUGGCCAAGCAAGCCUGGCAGGUCGUGCAGAACAUUGGCGAUCCCGACUUUAUCAACCAGAAAAUCGUCGAAUGGGCCGAGCCAGCUUCGGAAACCAGCUUGGAAGGCCAGGCCAUCUCGCCAGAUGAGCUUGAGCGUCUCAAGUCGCUCGAUACUGCUGCUCUCAACGAUCAAGCCGCAGAAGCUUUGCAGACUCGAUCUGGCGCCACUGAGGAGACCGCUUCAGCAGAACACGCCCACUCUGUGCCAUCUGCAGCUGUACCACAACCAAAGCAAGCUUCAUCCACUGCGCUAUCUACCGCAUCUGCCGAGAAAACAGUAGACCCUCGCACCGCGUAUGUACCUGCACCGCGAACUACAACUGGCCCGCCCCAUCGACCUCGGCCGCGCGUCACGCCGCCGAGGAAGUCCAACAACACAGGUCCGCUCUCAGCACUUGGCGGCUUCGCUACCGGCGCAUUGGGCGCUUUGGCGGAUGCAGCAGAAAGGGCAGUCGAUGUAGUUGGUGGUACUGUGGAUGAGUUCGGAAACCUUCUCAUGGUCCCGGCGGACCCGUCUUCGCGCAACCAGACCAGCAUGAGCAGUAGCGCCAAUGGGAGUGCAACAUCUUCUCCUCGUAGGCGUCAUGCACUUCUCGCCGAGACGGAGCAAGACGGACUUGCUCAGAGCACAACAUCCCAAACCAGGAGCGUAUCGAACCGGAACACAGACAGCUCGGCGCCCGCAUACCACCUCGACAUGCCCUCAGGCGUUGAUGUGCCACCACUCCCCACCUCACUCAGACAGAGUCUCAGAGACAACAACCAACACUCCGAGCAAACAUCAGCGCACACAGCCAACGUACCUCCCAGCUCCAGCACGUCAUCGGCCAACAUCAACAACGCGCGUGCAUUCGAGAUCCCCGACACUCCCGAGAGGCGGUCAAUGGAGGCGCCUUCAAUCGUCGCCCCUGCCCCUGUCUCCGCCGCUCUCAACUUUGCCGCACGCGACAGCUUCUCCAUCGAUGAGAGCCAAGAAGACCAAGAAGCUUCGCUGGCCGCCAUGCACGGUCUUCUCUCUGAUCGCACCUCUUCCGCCUACGAAGCAUUCGAAAAUUUCCUCGAGCAGCCCAACAACCGUUACUGUGCCCCGAGCGAGGGCGAGUCGCUCCUCCGUCUUCAUACUCAGCUCAAUACUCUAGCCAGCAUCAUGGAAUUCGCAACGCUCGAUGAGCAGACCUUCCGCGCCGACGCGAGUACGAUCUUGAGCAAGGCUCUGGAGCAGUUGCCGAUUACGCUGCCGCCGACCCACGACGGACAGCAGCCAGUGCUGGUCCGCAGGAGCGCGCAGCAAGUGUUGACGAAUUUGGAGUGGUGUGCAAACAUGGAUGUGGUCGAGCCGCUAAGGGAGAAUAUCAUUGCAAGGCUAGUGCAGCUGUACAAUGCCUAUCUCGCGAGCACUGGUCAGCAGCGAGCGAAUUUGAGUCAGCCGCAGAGCGCGCAGUCGAGUCCUAACAAAUCUAGAUUCGCGGCAGCGUUGCUAAGGACCGACUCGCCAGAGCCAAACCAACUUCGUGCCUUCCUGGACCGCGAGAAUCAUCCAAGCUUUUCAAGUACGGACUCGGAACGACAAGCUUUCCGCUACGAGCCUCGAAGAAAGACCACAGCACCCACUCCGGGUGUCACGUCGCUGCAGCCAGGAGCACAAACACCGCCUCGUGCGCCUUCUGUCCCGCCUCCACCGGGUGGAGCGCCAGUCAUGGGCCCACCAGCGGGCCCGUCAAGACCGAUGUCGGUACCUCCUCGAGUGCCCUCUGCGCCACCGAGACCGCAGCAGAUGGUGUUUCAGGGAGCAGCUUCUUCCUCGCCCUCACACGUUCAGAGGAGCAGCACCGAUCUCUCCCCCACCCAAGCAGAGUUUCAUUCCAGCGUUGACAGCAUCCGCGGCUCAGCAUUAACCAGCACCAUCAUCAGCGUCACUGAUAUCAGUGCAAACGCGGAAAGCAACAAAUCAGUCGAUCUGCGCACCUUCGAGGUGAUGAUCUCGGUCGAAGGUACUGCCGAUGCUGGCAGCUCAAUGACGAGUCCGGAUGGCUUUGUGCUUGUCAGGCGAUGGCACGAAUUUGAACAGAUGGAUAUCGAGAUUCAGCGCCAGCCACGCUCGAGCAACCCUUUGCCGCGCUUGCCGACAGUCAAGGGGAGAAGGAGUCCAGAGGUCUGUCGCAUCCUCGAAGCAUACGUGUAUGAGCUAUUGCUGCCAGGCAAUAGAGCGCAACUGGCUAACGUGGCUGGUGCGACGAGGUUCUUUGACAGGACGAGAGCUGGCGCGUCAGCAGAAGACUUGCGCAGGAAGGGUGGUCCAGGCGCGUUCCUCGGUGGCAUUGGCAAGGGUAUUGUCAGUGGUGUUGGGAUGGUCGGAAAGCAGGCAGCCAAAGCAGGUGGCACGGGAAUGCAGGCGUUGUCGACCUCGACUUCGACGAGUGUGCGUAAUGGAGCUGGCGAUGCGAGUGCGGUGUGUGUUCCACCGCUUCAAUCUGGCUCGACAUCCGAAGCCGCUGCGCGAAUGCCAGAGGCUGCAGCUACUCGCUUUGUGCCCAGUUCACCUGUCGUCGAUUCUGCUUCGAGCCCCACCUCAACAUCUGUCUCUGGCACGAACUCAUCUUUACCUUCGCCAUCUUGUCGACCACGGGACGGCACCUCCACUAGCCAGCUCCCAUCCGGCACUGUACCGCCUACACGCACAGCAUCCGAACUUUCCGCUCGGCAUCUUGACAUGCUUCUUUCUUCUAUCUUUGCGGUCGCGGAUGAAGCCUUUAAUCUUCAAGGUGGCUGGACACUUCGUCGUGGCAUGCUUCGUGUGCUCGAACAAGUCGUCCGCACCACCUAUGCCUCCUCCAUCGUUGCUGGGUUCAACGACUCUGCUGCGGGUCUCAAUGUGGACAACUUUGCCAAGUGGAUCGCGGCUCUCACCGAGACCAUGUGGCCGGACGGACGAAGGUGGGGCUCAGAGAUUGGUACUCCGGACGAGAAGAAAGAGCGAACAGAAGAGGAGAAACAGCGGACAGCAGAGAAGGCGAGAGAGAUUGUGGUGUCGUAUGCUCCAGCACAGGCAGGGUAUCUUUUGGGACCAGGAGGUAAAGUAGCAUGUAUCAAAGCACUAGUAGAGGUGCAUGCCACGCUGAUGGAUCCCAUCACAGCAUGUGACCUGGGGUUGACGGUCGUUUUGAAGGCGUUAGAUAUGGCUAGUCGUUGA